AUGUCUAAUUGGAGUUCUGAUCCAGAAGUCGAUGAAAUGGUAGAGGAGGAAGUCGAUAAUAUAGUGGGUGAGAUUCAAUACAACUACACUCACCAAGACGUUCCAUCAGCUCCAAUAUUUCGCAGAGUGCACAUUAAUAGAGACCGCGAAGAAGGCCACACUCGGCUAUGGAAUGAUUAUUUUAGUGAGAAUCCAACUUACAAUCACGGAAUGUUCCGCCGUCGAUUUAGAAUGAACAAACCAUUGUUCAUUCGUAUUGUCAAUACUAUUGAGAAUGGAGUCUCAUAUUUCAGACAAAGACGAGAUGCUACUGGAAGGAUGGGUCUUUCUGCACUUCAAAAAUGUACGGCAGCUAUUCGUAUGAUGGCAUACGGAUGUUCAGCAGAUGCAAUGGAUGAAUAUCUACGACUCACUGAAACAACCGCCCACAAAUGCCUUGAAAAAUUUGUGGAAGGAGUGAUAAAUAUUUUUGGAGACGAGUAUUUUAGAAGGCCAACAGCGGAAGACCUUCAACGAUUACUUAAUAUUAGAGAACAUCGCGGUUUCUCCGGAAUGGUAGGGAGUAUAGAUUGUAUGCACUGGGAGUGGAAGAAUUGUCCCACUACAUGGAAAGGACAAUAUUCACGUGGAUCUGGAAAACUGACAAUCGUACUAGAGGCUGUGGCAUCGCAAGAUUUAUGGAUUUGGCACGCAUUUUCGGUCCACCAGGUACGUUAA